AUGGACAAGACUAAAGCCGAAUGGGUUCAACGUCCUUCAAGUGCUCAGCCCAAUUUACAAAGUCAUCCAUGUUAUCAGUCAAGUUUAUUAGAUGAUAAUCGCGCACCGGGAACAGUUAAUGAAUGGAAGAGAUCCGUGCUUUCAAGUGGAACAAAACAUAUUGGUUUAAGUAAUAUAAAUCGGAAUGCCGAUGAUUAUGAUCAAAAUUUAGAAACAAAAGCCUACUUUCAAUCGUUUAAAAAUUUACGUCGAUUAACUCUAGCAAAUGCCACCAGCAUUCAACAAUGGGAAGUCAUCUUAUUGAAACGAGCAAAAAGUUACGCUUUAGUGGGUCUCAAGGGAGAACUCAGACCAGCUACCGAUUAUCCAAGAGGUCGACGAUCAUACGUUACGAAGAUCAAUGAGGUGCUCGACGAUAGCGACAAAAAAACAUUAGAAAUAGAAGAAAGACUUAGUAUUGCUGCUCUAGAAAUAAUAAAGAUAGCAUUUCAGAAUCAAAAAGAUGAUCUGGAUGGUUCGGGCUCAAUGAAUUUAGACGAGUUUAAGGAUAUUGUUAAAAAAUGUUUAAGAACAAGAAGAGGAGCUGAUGAACAAAUCGAAGCUUUAUUUCACAAAAUCGAUUAUAAUGCUAGAGGUGUUAUUUCUUGGGAUGAAUUUUGUACAUUUCUCCAGCUAAACUUUGAUGAAAAAGCUAAUGCAGUUAAUCGAGCAAAAGAAAUUACAUUUCUUUUACCGGCAAAAAUCGAGAAAACACCACAUCGUUAUCCCGUUAGCAACAUUUGUAUUACAACAGAUCAUCUUUAUUUGGCGUUAGGAAGCGAUGGCACUCUUUCGCUGUGGUCGCCCAACGGUGAUUUAAGAGCGACAAAAUCGGUUGCUGUAAGAUUUGAAGUUUCUGUAUUUAAAUCUACCAUAUCGAAAUAUCAACAAACAAGAUCUCAACCAAAAUGGAUUACAGACUGUUUGAUUAUACCUGAAUUUAGCAAAGUAGUGAUUAGCACAGGUGAUCGUGAAUUACAAUUUUGGGAUCAAACAUAUUGUCUAAGUGGAUCAAGAGAUGUAAAAUCAAAUGAUCUCCCAUGUACACAAAUCUCAUCAUUAGAAAGUGUUCCGAUUAAAAUACAUUACGGUACAACAGCGGAUGAAUUGACAUUAAUUUACGGUGAUACUGAUGGUUGUGUGAAUAUUCUUAUACUUGCUGCUGCAAGAGAAACAUUUCGUUUAUUAACAACGGCAGAAAAAAAGAAAGGUAUAGCAACGGUUGGAUUUGAAAAAUUUCUUGACAAUUAUCGUUGUGAUUACAUCCGAUGGCAAGUUCAUAAAGAAUGGAUUGAACAUAUUUAUUUUGAUCAACGUUUAAAUCAAAUAAUAUCAUGCUCAAAUGACCAAUAUUCAGCCGUUGUCAUAGCAAACAAUUUUACAUUAAUUGAGGAAGUAUCUCGUUCAAUUGAUCAAUUACUAGCAAUAUUUGAUGCUAUCGUUAAAAAUCUUGACAAAACGUGA